GGGUUAGGGGCUUACAGGACUUCAGGGUUAUCAGUGGGCGUCCAAUCUUCAAGUGUGGAGCUGAGAGGUGGAGAUGUUCCGGCAGCUACCGAAAGGCGUCCCCGCUUUUUCCCCAGCAAAAGAUUCUUGGCGGGAACCUAGAGCCCGAAUGCGUGCUCUCCAUCAAUGAGAAGCUUCGAGCAGUGCGUCACGAUUCAACCCACCGCCCAAUGCUUAUCACAGCGCUCCCUCAUUCCGUUUCCGAAUGUCAACACCAAACAACGGGCCGAGAUCACGGAAGAGCCAAGCCAGAGACCUCAGCGGCAACCAUCGGCCAAAUUGUUCGAUGCAUACCGAACGCACACACACACCUAGCUACCUGCCUGGACCGGUCUCGGAGGCUUGCACCAGGCCAGCUACGCUACACCUUCAUCUGAACGCCAUUUUCUGGCCAACUACCAAGCUAGUUUGACCGUUCCAGACCUGUUAUCGACACCCCCUCGUUCCCGUCCCUCGCGAGGCUGUGGACUUUGAAUCAAGACCCAGGGCCCGUUUGCCAGGAUGCCCUGUCGUUUGCUGAGGCCCUCGCUGUGUGCCUUGAAGAAAACAUGCUUCUUCCCUGGAGAAUCACGGACCAGCUGUUCGGCUGUGCUGCUGUACCUGAGACGCAGGACAUCCAUCCAUCCUUCUAGUUAAUGGGGCUAGAGGAGAGAGAGAAAGACAAAAUUGGUUGUGUUCAGCAUGUCGAAAAUCAGUGCCAAUAUACUGGGUCCUGGGCCGGCAACCAACAGCAGCAGUCGCCUACAUGCGGCAUCUCGAUCGCGAACCAACCGUUAAGAUCAUAUCGUCGUGUGCGGACAUGGUCGCCGUCGAUCCGCCCAGUGGCGUGGGCGGGUGUUGGAAUUUGAUGUCUCUCAUCUGACCUCCCCUCAUCCGGCUGUCUGCUGGAACCAUUGCAGCCCUUGACAACCUUGCAGGCGCGUCUCGCAGUGGGUGCACAUUAGAGGAGCAGGAGCAGACUUCAGGUUUUCGAUAUCAUGCCGUGUACAUGACAAGUGUGUCGGGAUCAGUUGAACCCGUGCGAGCCAGCAUCAAGUGUGCUCCUAUCUUGCAUUCUCGUUCCUGUCGAUGGCCACGGCAACGGCGACACAAGCACAAUGAGCGAGUUUGAGGCCGCUGAUGCUACCUUGCCAGACCUGGGGUCGAAGCUUGAUCUGCCUGGUCGUUUUCGGCACAACGUCAUGUCUGCCCUGACCCUGCCGUCGCUCUGGAAGUUUCCCGCGGCAGUAUUGUGUUGAUUUCCGUUCUGCUGCCGCAACCGAUCCGGCGGUCGAUCAUGUGUCCGUCUGCUUGACAGCUGCAGCAGCUAGCUGGUGGGAUGAUCUGGACCUAUGGGAUGCCGUGGAGAGUUGCAAUCGCCGGUUAUGCCACCUACGGCCGAUGAGGCUCCCACCCCUUGUCAGCUGGCGGUAACUACAUGCCUUGUUGUCCGCAACCAUCCUCCCCACGGCUCUCUGAGGGCGAUUUGACAGCACCAUGAGUGGUGGCCUGAUCCGCCAGGGACCCGCGGCUAAAUCAGGCACGAUUUGCUGCAAAGGGGAAACUGCGAGCCGCUUUUCAGCAAUUUUUGUGUACUCUGUAUGGUCGGGUCGUGCGCGCCGUGGGUGUCGUGGGGGAGUCCGUCACCAUAGUCCGAUGAACGAUAGGUUCAGCGGCCGGCCACUGCAAACCUCCUUGCCAGCCAUGACGAUCAGCAAAGGGCGGGACCCUCUCGGGCCACUCGCGGGUGCCGUAUCAUCGACGCCGUUGAAAAUGGUCUGUUUUGGCUUCGACGCUUUGUCCUUGCCUCUCGCUUCUGAGUUUACGUCGCUGCAUAUCCCUUACCAGCAGAGCUAAUGUAGCCGCUGGCUAGGGGGUACUGAUGGGGCCUGCAAGUGCAGGGCUGGCGUGCUAUCCAAUAACCCUGUUCCUGCUGUCCGUUCAGGAACCGUUGGACUGGUGGAGCCUGGCUUUCGCAGUGGUUUGCCGGCAAGGGCCGUUUCUGGCCCUCCGUCCUCCCACGGCAUCCUCAGCUGUCUGUGUUGGUCAUGACAAAAGCCCCGGCCCCAUCUUAGCACCAUGACCCUUGCGUUGGAGUCCCGCUACAUGACAAUGGCGUUUCUUCAGGCCCAAGUGCGGUGGCUAUCGAGCCGGUGUCCCGAGUCGAGGUACCCAUCGUUUGCCUAUCGAGGGCCGCCCCAAAGGGGAAACCCCAAGACUAUCAAUGAGUCUUCGGUCACCGAAACUUAGCAACACCGGACACUGGGCUUAUCCCACCGGCAAAAAGGAUCGUGGAUUGGAUGGUGCAGCAGAAUAGGGGGUGUGGCUACCGUUCUUUGUUGUUGCCACACCUCGCACCCCUCCCCCUGCUUGGAGUUGACUCUCGACGCCGGUGCUGAGCCUUCUCACAUGGCAGGCAGAUCUAGUAUCAUUUUUGUCUCUGAGGAUCCUGCCCUACGUUUCCGGUCUCGUUCAUAUAAUAAGACCGUGGUAGCUCCCUCCCGGACCCAACUUCCUGGAUCAUCCACUCACCCCAUAAUAAUCACAACCGUCAACAGGCUUCCAAGAUGGCUGACAAGUUGGCAUUCCUUCUCUUCGGAGACCAGUCUCUUGAUACCCACGGCUUCCUCGCCGAGUUCUUUCGCCAGGAGAAACAGGGUAUACUCGCAAAGGCCUUCUUGGAGCAAGCCGGGCACGAAUUGAGGAAGGAAGUUGAGAAGUUGCCUCGAGUGGAACGAUCACGACUGCCGAUUUUCCGAACUCUUCAGCAACUAAACGAGAGAUACUACGCCCAGAAGCUCAAGCACCCAGGAAUCGAUGGGGCGUUGUUGUGUAUAUCUCAACUGGCACACUACAUCGACCACGCAGAGAAGAACUUCGAGGAUGUGACCCGGCAUGAUAGCACCCACCUUGUCGGUCUCUGCUCUGGGCUGUUUGCCGCCUCUGCCAUUGCAUCGACACCAUCCCUGUCAGCCUUGGUACCUGUGGCCGUCCAGGCUGUCCUUCUCGCCUUCAGGACUGGGUCGUACGUUCACACACUGGGAGACCGAUUAUGUCCUGCCAAUGAGCAAUCAGAGAGCUGGACAUACAUCUUCCCAGGGCUCAAGGAGGACGAUGCCACGGCUGCCCUCGAGAGUUUCCAUCGCGAAAAUGGCAUUCCCCAGGCGAGCCGUGCCUAUGUCAGUGCCGCCUCCGCCAGCAGCCUCGCCAUUUCUGGGCCGCCCACCACGCUCAGACUCUUGGUUGCCAAGGGCAGGCUGUCAGCCAAGCCGACGUCGAUUCCAGUCUACGGCCCGUAUCAUGCCGCUCAUCUACACGCCUCCGCCAACAUCGACAAGAUUCUGCAUUUAGAUGAUCCGGAAGUGGUCGAUGCCUUCUACAACACUCGGCCACGGUCGGCGGUUAUGUCAUGCACAUCGGGGACUUGGUUCGCGGCGACGGAUACGCGGACGCUGAUCAAAUCAGUCGUGUUUGAAAUUCUCAAUGAGACUCUGAUGUUUAACAAGGUCCUCGACGGGUGUCUCGAGCGGGCGCGCCAGUUCAAGGGAGAUAGCUGUCUCAUUUUGCCGCUGGGCCCCACUCAAAAUGCCGCGACGCUCGCGAAUCUUCUCAAGUCUCAGACAGACUUGGAGGUCAUUCUCCGCAAGCCGCCUGCUGUGUCACCGGAGAGCACGUCCUCGACAAUCGGGAACCAUGGGUCGGUGGGAAGGUGCAAGUUGGCCAUUGUCGGCAUGGCAGGUCGCUUCCCUGAUGCUGCCAGCCACGAGAAGCUCUGGGAGCUGUUGGAGAAGGGCCUGGAUGUCCACCGUGUGGUCCCGGCGGAUCGCUUUGAUGUCAAGUCUCACUAUGAUCCCACCGGAAAGAUCAUGAACACCAGUCACACGCCCUAUGGCUGCUGGAUUGAGAACCCCGGGUUUUUCGACCCUCGGUUUUUCAACAUGUCGCCCCGUGAAGCGCUCCAGACCGAUCCCAUGCAGCGCAUGGCCUUGACCACGGCCUAUGAAGCUCUCGAGAUGUCUGGCUAUGUGCCGAACCGGACGCCAACUACCCGCCUUGACCGCAUCGGCACCUUUUACGGCCAGACAUCUGAUGACUGGCGUGAACUGAAUGCGGCCCAGGAGGUCGACACCUACUACAUCACGGGUGGUGUGCGUGCUUUCGGCCCCGGACGCAUCAACUACCACUUUGGUUUCAGCGGACCCAGUCUCAACAUUGAUACUGCCUGCUCGUCCAGUGCCGCGGCUAUGAACGUCGCUUGCUCCUCUCUGUGGGCUCGGGACUGUGACACUGCCAUUGUCGGUGGGUUGUCGUGCAUGACCAACCCGGACAUUUUCUCCGGUCUCAGCAGAGGACAAUUCCUGUCCAAGAAGGGACCUUGCGCUACUUUCGACAACGAGGCUGACGGCUACUGCCGUGGUGACGGUUGCGCCUCUGUGGUCGUCAAGCGUUUGGAGGAUGCCGAAGCUGAGGGUGACAGAAUCCUUGCUGUCAUCUUGGGUACGGCCACCAACCACUCUGCUGAUGCCAUCUCCAUCACUCAUCCUCACGGACCCACGCAGUCUGUCCUUUCUCGCCAGAUUCUUGACGAGGCUGGUGUGGAUCCCCUUGAUGUCGACUAUGUUGAAAUGCACGGAACCGGCACUCAAGCUGGCGAUGGUACCGAGAUGGUGUCUGUCACCAAUGUCUUUGCCCCCGCAGAGCGCAAGAGACCUGCCAACAGACCUCUCUAUCUCGGUGCCGUCAAGGCCAAUGUCGGUCACGGAGAGGCUGCUUCUGGUGUGACUGCUCUGUGCAAGGUGCUCAUGAUGCUCCAAAAGAAUGCCAUCCCACCCCACGUGGGUAUCAAGCAGGGCUCCGUCAUCAACAAGACUUUCCCCAAGGAUUUGUCUGAGCGCAACGUCAACAUUGCCUUCCACACCACCCCCUUCAGAAGAAAGGAUGGCAAGCCCAGACGCGUCUUCAUCAACAACUUCAGUGCCGCUGGCGGUAACACUGGCUUGCUUCUUGAAGAUGCGCCUCAGCGCCCUAAGGCCACCGCCGAUCCCCGCAGCCACCACGUUGUCACCCUCACCGGCAAGUCAAAGGCUGCCAUGAUCCGUAAUGCGGAACGCCUCGUUGGCUGGAUGGAGAGGAACCCCGAGACGCCGCUGUCUCAUGUGGCCUACACCACCACUGCCAGAAAGAUUCAGCACUACUGGCGCAUGAACGUCGUUGCCAGUGACCUCGACGAGGCGAAGUCGGCCAUUUCUACCCGCCUCAAGGAGAACUUCGUCCCUGUUCUCCCUGAGCAGCCCAAGGUUGCCUUCAUGUUCACUGGCCAGGGAUCUCACUACCCCGCCCUCGGCAAAGAGUUCUAUGAGCACUACUCGGUCUUCCGUCAGAACAUUGACGAGUUUGACCGCAUUGCUCAGAUCCAUGGCUUCCCAUCAUUCUUGCCCCUGAUUGACGGCAGCGAGUCUGAUGUCUCCAAGCUGUCUCCAGUGGUUGUGCAGCUUGGCCUGGCCUGCUUCGAGAUGGCUCUUGCCCGCUUGUGGAUAUCUUGGGGUAUCCGCCCUGCUGUGGUCCUUGGCCACAGUCUGGGUGAGUAUGCUGCUCUCGAGGUGGCUGGUGUUCUUUCCGCCAGCGAUGCCAUCUACCUCGUCGGCGCGCGUGCCCAGCUCCUUGUUGAGAAGUGCACCGCCGGCACCCAUGCUAUGCUUGCCACCAUGGGCUCUGUCGAGACCAUCAUGGACGCUCUUGGUGUGAAGGCCACUGGUGUCAAUGUCGCCUGCAUCAAUGGCCCUCGCGAGACUGUUCUCAGCGGCGAGUCUAGCGAGAUGGCUGAGAUUGCCCAACACCUCACCGGCGCCGGCUUCAAGUGCACUCAGCUCCGUGUGCCCUUCGCCUUCCACUCGGCCCAGGUUGACGCCAUCCUGGACGACUUUGAGAAGCUCGCCAAGUCUGUACAGUUCAACACCCCCAAGGUGCCCAUCAUUUCGCCCCUUCUUGGCAAGAUGGUCGAGAACGAGCCCAUCACGCCUGGCUAUCUUCGCAACCAUGCCCGUGAGGCCGUCAACUUUCUCGGUGGCCUGGUUUCUGCUCAGCAGUCUGGUGCCAUUGACGAAAAGACUGUCUGGCUCGAGGUCGGCCCUCACCCAGUGUUGGCUGGUAUGGUCAAGGCUUCUUUCGGCGUUGCCACCAUUGCGGUCCCGACUCUUCGUCGCAACGAGGGUUGCUACAGGACUCUGUCCUCCAGCUUGUGCACUCUGCACACCGCUGGUCUAAACAUCGACUUCAACGAGUUCCACCGUGACUUCAGCGAAUCGGUUCGCCUGCUUGAUUUGCCCAGCUACUCGUUCGAUGAGAAGAACUACUGGCUGCAGUACACUGGCGACUGGUGCUUGUCCAAGAACCGCGUCGGAACCCAGGCUGGUCCCAAGGCCAUCGAGGCCCCCAAGCCCAAGCUGGCCACCACGACCGUUCAGAAGAUCACCAAGGAGGAGGUCAACGGCGACGUUGUCAUCCUCGAGACCGAGUCCGAGCUUUGCCAACCAGAGCUUCGCAACGUGGUCUCUGGUCACUUGGUCAACGGUGCUCCUCUGUGCCCAUCUUCGCUCUAUGGCGACAUGGCCAUGACCGCAUGCCAGUACGCUUACAAGCUGGUACGGCCCGGGACCGAGAAAAUCGGCACCAAUGUGGCACACAUGGAAGUUCCCAAGACGUUGAUCUUCAACGACACCGCAAAGAGCCACAUACUGCGCAUGACUAUCAACGCCAAUGCUAGGACCGGCCAGGCCGACAUUGUCUUCCACACUGGUGAUGGCGCCAAGAGAACCGACCAUGCUAUCUGCAAGGUCUACUUCGGUGAGCUCGAGGACUGGCAGAACGAGUUUGACCGUGUUGCCUACUUGAUCAAGACCCGCAUCGACUCACUCAAGGCGGCUGAGCAGCGUGGUGAGGCUUCCAAGAUUGGCCGCGGGCUUGCUUACAAGCUCUUCGGUGCUCUUGUCGACUACAACCGCAGAUAUCAGGGCAUGGAGGAGGUCAUUUUAGACAGCAAGACUUGCGAGGCUACUGCCAAGAUCCGCUUCCAGACUACGCCGGAGGAUGGCAACUACGUUUUCAGCCCGUACCACAUCGACAGUUCUUGCCACAUCUCCGGUUUCAUCAUCAACGGAACUGACGCCGUCGACUCCCGUGAGCAGGUGUUCAUCUCUCACGGUUGGGGUUCGAUGAGGUUCACCGAGGUUCCUCAGGCCAACAAGGAGUAUCGCAGCUACAUCCGCAUGCAGCCCAUCAAGGGCUCCAAGAUGUAUGCCGGUGAUGCCUACGUUUUCGACGGCGACAAGGUCAUCGGUAUCACGGGUGACAUCAAAUUCCAAGCAAUCCCUCGCAAGGUCCUCAACAUGAUGCUGCCUCCUCGCGGCACUGCUAUUUCCAGCGGACCUGCCCGUGCUGCUCCUGCGGCCAAGGCUGCCCCGGUCAAGGCUGCUCCCGCCAAGAAGAAGAAGGAGACUGUCACCCCCGCCAACAUUGGCAAGGUGAACCAGAAGCUCAAGGGUGUUGUCUCCCAGGUCAUGGAUAUCCUUGCCAAGGAGGUCGGUUGCAGCCACGAUGAGCUUGCCGACAACAUCGCCUUCACAGAUCUUGGUGUUGACUCUCUGAUGUCCUUGACUGUCAGCGGUCGCAUCCGUGAGGAGAUGGACCUGGAUCUUCACUCCAAUGCCUUUGUUGACCACCCCACUAUUGGCGUCUUCAAGAUAUACUUGGCUCAAUUUGAGAAAUCUGGCGUCCAGGCGAGCAUGUCUUCCAGCGAAUCCGACAACUCUGAUGAUGAGUCACCUGAGAUUGAUUCCGACUCCAACGUCACCACUCCUCUUGAUGAGAGUGAGACAGACUCUCUCAAGGGUGAUGGUAUGAAGAACGAGUCUGGGUCCUCUAGCAGCGAGCUUCAGAGCAUCGUUCGUAACACCAUUGCUGGUGAGAUGCAGGUCGAGGUUGACGAGAUCCUCGCUGCCCCCGACCUUGCCAACCUUGGCAUGGACUCGUUGAUGAGCUUGUCUAUCCUCGGUACACUCCGUGAGAAGACCGGUCUGACGAUCCCAUCUGAUCUCUUUGUCUCCAACCCAUCUCUCAAGGAUGUUGAGCGUGCCUUGGGCAUCGUUGAUGCCCCCAAGCCUCGCCCUGCUGCCCCUAAGCAGUCAAAGCAGCAGGCUCCCGCUCCCAAGACCGCUCAGCACCCCCGCAUUGGCAUUGAGCAGCCCUGCCCUCCCAAGCCUCCCAGACCUACCAACAUUGUCGAUGACUACCCGAACCGCAAGGCUUCCUCGGUUCUUCUCUCAGGCAGCCACCGCACCGCCACGAAGCAUCUCUUCAUGAUUCCUGAUGGCUCCGGUUCCGCUACAUCUUACACUGAGAUCGCCGACGUGGGAGGUGACUGGGCUGUCUGGGGUCUCUUCUCCCCAUUCAUGAAGACCCCUGAGGAAUACAAGUGCGGUGUAUAUGGCAUGGCCUCCAAGUUCAUUGAGGAGAUGAAGCGUCGUCAGCCGCAGGGCCCAUACUCCCUUGCCGGUUGGUCCGCGGGUGGUGUCAUCGCCUACGAGAUCGUCUCCCAGCUGGUCAAGGCUGGUGACGAGGUUGAGCACCUGAUUAUUAUCGAUGCUCCUUGCCCCGUCACCAUCGAGCCCCUCCCCGAGGGACUCCACGCUUGGUUCGCCUCCAUCGGCCUCCUCGGUGACGGCGACGACAAGAAGAUCCCCCCUUGGCUCCUGCCCCACUUCGCUGCCAGUGUUUCGGCGCUGAGCAACUACGACGCGGAGCCCAUUCCCAAGGAGAAGUGUCCCAAGGUGACGACCAUCUGGUGCGAGGACGGUGUGUGCAAGCUGCCCACCGACCCCCGACCAGAACCAUAUCCCAAGGGACACGCCCUCUUCCUGUUGGACAACCGGACAGACUUUGGUCCCAACAGGUGGGACGAGUACUUGGAUGUGAACAAGAUGCAGUUCAGACACAUGCCAGGGAACCACUUCUCGAUGAUGCAUGAUGAUCAGGCCAAGCAACUCGGAAGCUUCAUCCGCGAAGUGCUUUUGUAAACAACAGUCAUACGAACAUGUGAGAGGAGAGGGUAGUCAAUAAAAACGAAGAUGUGUGUGUAAUGGACGGGAAAGACGAGGAUUCCUAUUAAUGAGAGGGUGCUGGGUACUAGUUUGUUUCGCUUUUCUUCCUCUUUUAGUCUCUCCUUUGGGGGGAGGAACAACUCAUGUACAGGUUCGGUGGGGGCGGUCGGAUUCAUUUUGUUUUAUUAUGGGGUGUCAUUUUUAUGUGUUACUGUCUUUGGAUGAAAUGGUUUUUUUUUUUUUUGGUUUACUACAGUCAGAGACUGCUGAUUUAUAUUUGUCACAAGUAUAGUUAACGAUUUUCAAUCUCCUUUUGGUUAUCUCAUCUCUUUCCUUGGAAGUGUCAACUGGAGGUCAAAGUCUUUUCCGUUUUUCUCUAAUGUUUUGGUCUUUUGUUAGCAUUGCGUGAAAGGUCUUUUCUCUCGGUUAGUGUUGUUUUAUCUCUUUGUUAGUUUGUUGGUUCAGUUUUGGGUUUUUUUUUUGUUAUAGAGCGUGCCAAUGUUCUCUUGUCGUUUUCGUCCAACGUUGACGGCGGAUGAAUUUGGCUGUAUACCUAUGAGGAGGUGGACAAAUGUGGCUAUUAUGCUGCGUCGAGUGCGUGCCUGGAAACGCAGGUUUUAUUCAUAGAUGAUUCAGAUUGAAAUGAAAUAGUCCUUUUUAGUUUUGGUUGAUACUAUGCUGAUGUUUCUUGGGAUGCUUAAAGUGUGUUUGAUGUUUUGUUUUUGAUGAGCACUGAGGGCGUAUUUUACCUGCUCGUAGCACUAGGCUGAAUGUCGAGGGAAUAUGCUGCGUGUUGAGUGUUGAGAUGCUGAGAAAUGUCAGAGGUGUUUUGAUACUAAUUUCUCACGGAAGGUUGGAGUGGUAUAUCUCCACAGUGCAGUGAAUCUGUUAAUCUGAGUAGGUAACUUGAAUUCAAAUACAACACCGUUCUGGGCCCA